AUGUUCGACGACAGUAGCAAUGUCUGGGAUAUUGGAUGCAACGUCAAUCUAGUCAAUAAUGAUGGUACAAAUCUCGCGCCCACGGGGAAUGUCUAUUUCGAAAGCUGCAUCCGGCUCUGUUCAAGCUAUGCAGUGAGCUUGUGUUACGGCGUUGAUUGGCAGAAAGCAUCAGCAGAUGGUCUGGGCAGCUGCACAGGUCGGGUCACAAUCGGUGGUGCACUACCGAACAAUCCACCCCUUCUUAGGGGCAGAAACAAUACGCCAGUACCAAACGGCGUAGGCACGAGGCUCUUUGCACGACUGCUCACUGGUCAAACACGAAACAAGCUGGAUGAUGCAUUAUGGUUCCUGGGUAACGCUCCAGCGUACAACCUUGGUCUUUGUGGGUCUGGCUCUGCCUACAGUCAGAGUUUCGUCGUCAUUCAGACACGCAGUACUGGGAACAAUUCCUAUAAUGGGCAAUUCACAACGGACGGCUACGCCACUUAUCUUAUCCUCUGUGAUGGGAGAAAUUUCACUCCGGACCAAGCCCCUUUGAACACAGCAUCUCAGUGGCUGAUCCGAUAUCCGAGUGAGACGUCAAAUUAUAAAGGACCGCAGUCUCCGGACGACUGUGCUCGUCUCUGCUACUGGACCAGGACUGCGGAUUACAAUGCAUCCAGCUCGACGGUCGACACUAACAAUCAGUGUAGCUCAUGGAUUUGGUCAACCGCCACCAAUGAUGCCGCAGGCAACGAUGGAGUCCCCAAAUGCUGGAUCUUCAAGAGCGUCAACACAGCUACAGUCUCAGGAUCCCUUCAGCUUGUUCCUAGGUACUACACUACUGCCACCACCAACUUGAAGUUCGAUUCAAACAACGUACUCGCCGCUGGAGGAUGGACGAGUGGCGUCAACCAGCAAGGCGAGAUCCUGACCUAUAAACGAAGUAUCGGAAUCGAAAAUGGCCCUCCUGGCCGAUACAAGAAGGACAUUGUCGUGAGAGACGAUAGGUCGGACAGCUUAAGGCCGGAUUUGAUCCUGAAAGCGGCUGACUGGCCUAUUGACAGCGACUUCGAUUGA